AUAAUAAAUAUCCAGUUCGUACCCGGAUAGUUUAAGCAGUCGUGACUGUUUGAACAAUUGAAUUUCUAUUUUUAGGCUUUCGGCUAAAACGGAAUACACCGAUCAGCUUACCGAAUAUAGUUUCACAAAAAAUGGCGCUUUAGGAAAUAUUUUAGUGUAAAUUGUGAUCUAAGAGAUUUAAAUUUUAGUGGUUUACAAUUUUGGAAUAAUGAGUUUCUGGAGUUAAGGAAAAACAAAUAUUUUUCGGAGGAUUUAUAAUGGAUCGAAGUCAUCGAUAUCACUUGAAAGGCGUGCUUCUGAUUGUCUUGCUCGGCACCUCGACUGCAUCAUCUCCUUCGGUGUCGGUAAACCUGGAUAGCGACCGAAACCCCGAACUCGGAGACAGUGUCGUUCUUGAGUGUGAAGCUGAUGACUUCAAAGGAUACGAUGCCGUCUUUACAUGGAUAUUUAAGGACGUGCAGAUUGGAAACAUGUCCUCCGGAGGGAAAUACAUGGAAGAUCUGAAAAGCGGUUACUCACACCUUACUAUUCAUGAUAUAGGCCACGCUGACCUGGGACAAUAUGAGUGUGAUGUAAGAAGUAGCGCAUACGGAAAGCUGUCGGGCAACUACAACCUGGAUUUCGAUUUUAGUCCAGCACUUUACAUGAGCGAACGCCAAGUAAAGAUCGGUGACGCGGUAACCAUGUUAUGCAGACACAAUCCGAAUCAGGGGGAUUGGAAAUUCGAGGACAGAAGGGAAAAUGUUCUUUCGUCGGCUGAAUACAUUCAGCGAUUUGUAAACCAUGUGACAAGCUUGGGCGCACCUGAAUAUAUGAAGAACAUUACGCUGCACAAUGUUACUCUGGAGCAAAGUGGAAACUACAUUUGUUUCAAUAAAAACGGCCAGCCGAAGGAAGAUAAAACUUCAUUAGACGUCCUUGGAAUGACGAUCAUUUGCCAUAGCCAGAAUAACCAGGAUAUGAUUUUAACUGAGGGUGUUGAUGAUACAGUUGUUUGCACUGUCCAAGCCAAUCCGGCUAUUGAAAGAGACGCUGAUGUCGGCUUGUGGUGGUCACCUACCGUUGGCAGUGUCAAAUUUGAGAAAAUACCUAACGAUGUUUGCAGUGUAGGUAUGGAGCCAGGACCCCCUUUAACUUCUUGGACCCUAACAAUAGAUAUAAACGGGAAAUAUGUGUAUCGGCUAAUCAACAAACGCAUUAAAAUCCAAAUCAAGGACCAAUACGUAUAUAUCAAUAUGCAAAUACAGCAACGCUGUCAACCGCCGUGUGGGCUAAAUAUGAAGUGUGACAUGAAAGGGCAAUGUUCGUGUACGCCCGGAUUUCGUCCCAACCCUGUCGGUAUCGGCACGGGGUGUGUUCUAGAAGGAAAUGAGAGUACGACACCAGGGCGAUCCGAAUCGGACGAAGAGGACGAUGGAGAUGAGUGGGGUAUGUCAGGUGGACAGGGUGGUGAUAAGGACAAGGACAAGGACGAUGAUGCCGUGGUCGUACGACACACCUCCGUGGCCACAAUCGUGGGCUCAACCUUCGGAGCGUUGGCUAUGGUACUCCUUGUCCUGCUGUUGUAUAUAUGCUAUCGUCGGUGGAAGAAAAAGGCGGACACGCAAAAGAUAAACGGUGGCACCUACACAGACCCUAGCGCUCUGUACCAGUAUGAGUACCACUCGGAGGCGAACCUGAUGAAAGACAACCCAGCCUUCACGAACCCCGCGUACGGCCAGAUGCCCAAACAAGUCGCUAGGAAAGAGAACACAUAUGUUAGUCUGCGGAAGGACGAGCUGGAAUUUCCCCGGGAGAACCUCCAGCUUGGUGUGGACCUGGGCCAGGGCCGCUUUGGGAAGGUGAUUCAGGCCCGGGCUCUUAACAUUUCCGGGAACGGGAAGUGGACACAGGUUGCGGUCAAAACAUGCAGAGGUACCGCCACUGAUUCAGAGAAACAGGAUUUAUUCCUGGAACUUGAGAUUAUGAGGAAGAUUCCACUUCACCCGAAUGUUGUGACUCUCUAUGGAUGCUGCUCCAAAUUAGAUCCACUUUAUAUCAUACUCGAGUACGUUCAAAGGGGAAGUUUGAUGAACUAUCUCCGCCAAUGCCGCCCAAGCAGUCGCAUGUCACGUGGUAGUACGAUGACGUCAGUUACUACGUCAUCAAGCUUCAUGGAGCCACGUGCUAAAGAUCUCACCAUUUUUGCUCUACAAAUCUCUCGCGGAAUGUCACACAUUGCAAACCUAGGCAUAAUCCACCGCGAUCUCGCAGCACGUAAUAUUCUUCUGGCCACGGAUUUCACGUGCAAGAUCUGUGAUUUCGGCCUUGCACGUGACGUUGAAGGGAUCGACGUGUAUGAGCGCACAUCCAAGGGACCGCUACCAAUCAGGUGGAUGGCACCGGAAGCGCUCGCUGACAACAUGUUCACUCGCAAAAGUGACGUCUGGUCGUACGGCGUCCUGCUGUGGGAGAUUGUCACGCUCGGCGCUACGCCGUACGCCGGCGUAGCGGCGAUGGAGGUGAUGAGAAAGGUGAUGCAAGGGCAGUAUCUACAGCGUCCCCUGCACUGUAGGGAGGAAAUGUACAUGCUAAUGGAGAAGUGUUGGCAGAAGCCCGAGGACCGGCCGAGUUUUGCGGACAUCGUGGCCCACCACGAGGCCCUCAUGGACGAUGACUACAUACUGCUGAGUGAUUAUGAAGAAUCCGACUAUGGCUGGCUCGACUCUUACACCAUGGAUGAGAGAGUUUAAACAGAUAAAAAAGGACUUCGAUAUGUGUAAAAAUAUCUACAUGAGAAGUUAUGGGGAUGAAAAAGGACUUUGAAAUGUGUAAAGCUAUUUUUCAUAAUAAAAGGGUUUAUUGCUAUGAAAAAGGACUUGGAAAUGUGUAAAAAAAUAUAAUGAAUGAGUUUACAGAGAUUAAAAAGCAUUUCAAUUUGUGUACAAUAUUUUCAUAGUGAGAGGAAUUAAACUAACGGCACUUCACUGGUAUUCAAUAUUGGUCUUAAAUUGAUCUGAGAAUGGUGUAGCCAAUCGGAGCUCGUGUUAUAAAUAACGGACCUAUACAUUGAAUGGAUCAACGAUGUAUGGUCAUAACGUUAACUGAAGCCGCAUAUUGAAUACCAGUCAGGGCUUGCAAAUGGAAAAGAAUCAAUAUAUAUAUAUAUUUAAAAAUCCAACAAGAACAAUGAAGUAAUUAACGAUUUUUAAAACAUGACAAUUUCAUUAUUGUUGUUACAAAUGGCAGAAUUAAAAAUUGCUAAUGAACGUACACAUGUGGGCACACUGCUGAGACAACAGGGCAAUAAACAGCGGGCGCAUAGCUGGGAAUUGACCAGAAUCUAGGCCUUUAAGGACUUUAUAACCAAAAAGUGACCAGCUCUUCCAAUAAAAUUUACGUUUUAGGCAAUUAUUUUUUGACUGUAUGAUAGCACCAAAUGUGAUAAAAACUAAUGCUACAUGAUCAAAUAACUCUCACAGUUUUAUCAUUUUGACAACAUCUUUGUAUUUCUUGUCUUUGUGUAAUCCAUUUUUUGCAUACACGUCUGGAAACCAGUAUUAAAAGACUGCUGACAAAAGAUCAGAUCGCAGUUUAUCAUAUUUACAUUUGAUUGCUGUUUUAUGGCCCAAGUGUUACUUAACGCUUAAAGAAAAAAAGGUAUUCCAAAUAAUUAAGAUCCUUCAUCGUGAGUUAUCUUAUAUGAAGGUUUUGAUGCAAAAAGACAGCUGAUCCUGAAACAAAAAUUAAACAGAUUUCAAAACUGGCAAUCUGUGAGAGUGCAGCUUUAUAACCAAAUGGCAUAAUGUAUACAACUAGAGAUUGUUAUACCAUGGUAUUUACAUAAUUUGUAUUAUAUUUAUAUGGAUAUGGGGUUCAUCUUACUAACACUCGUAGCAUACGACCGCUUUUUUCAAAUCGUCAUUUCUUAGUUGUUAUAAUCUAUAUAAUGAAACUUUAUUGGUCAGUUAAGGCAACAUUUAUUUGAUUUUGCAAAUAAAACUUUUAAGUCAAUUUAUCACAAUGACAUAAUAAUGAUAAUAUACAAUUGAAAUUCUUCAUCUUAACGUAUUUUCAGGGACGUACCUGGGGUAUUUAGAACUGAACGCCCGUGCACUCUUAUUCCAGGUGUUGACAGUAGUAUGUAAACUGUAUCUCACAGCACCAGGUCAGAAUUUGCUAACGGUGCUGUGACAUACAGUUUGCAUUCUACUGUCGACAAAUGAAAGUCUUUCUUUACUAAGGUCACAAUACGCUAUAUGGGGUGGAAGCAAAUGGGGUGUCCCAUGAUUUGUUUUAAAGAAUACAGUUAUAAAGGAACCAUUUUCAAGUAUUAUGUAGGUCAAUAUUCAGUCAAAUUAAGUCCAACUUGAACCAAUGAAAUGAAAAUAUAAUAAUUAUUAUGUAUAAACAGUAAACACCUCCUGAGACUUUUAUUAUAACAUUUGAUUUCGAGUUUUAAGCAUUUGCCAUUUCGAUUAAAUUCAUUUGUACGCCCGGGCGUACUGGAGUUUGCCUAGGUACGCCCCUGAUACUUUGUCGUAAGCUUGUUGAUAAGAUGCUCCCCAUGAAGUUUAAAGGCACAGAUUAUAAGUCAAUGCCAAAAAUAUAUAUUUCAAUGCAUUUUCAUGUUUAGCUCAUUUGCUUUUAAUGAUUUAAAGAAAAUCAUAUGAUGUAUACAGAUUAUAAGUAUCUUCCAUGGCCGAGAGUGUAAGAUAGGUUCAUUCCGACCCGAGCGUAGGGUGUUUUGCGGAAACGAGGUUUCCGCAAAACACCCGGCGCGAGGGUCGGGAUGAAACUAUCUUACACGAGCGGCUAUGGUAGAUGCUUUUUCUCCCACUUCAGUUAAACAAAAUUAAUUAAAAAUGUAUUUUUUGCUGGAACUCUUUUGUGCUUAGGGAAAAUAAUUGCGUAUGGAUAUGCGAUAGCACGUGGUUGUCAUGGAUACGCGCGCAGUGAUCCAGUUAAUGUUAAUAGUAAAAUCGGUCUUUUUAAAUAGUUCUAAGGAGAAUGAAGCAUUAUUUCUUGAAUGGUGCGUAAAAACUGUUUUAUGGUGACAUUUGAAGCGAGAAAUAAUAAUUAAUCAGCAUUCUAAAUAUUACCAUAAGACAAGAUUUCCUUGAUGCUACUGACGACAGUCUUCAACAAGGGAGGUAAUUACAAUGUGGUUACUAUUAAAAAUGAGUUCCAUACGGGCAUUUUAUCUUCGCCCGUGGGCAAGAUAAGAAUAUCUAGCAUGGUUAAAUUAUUGGAUCUAAUUAUCUGAGGUGGGAGAAAAAAAUAUAUUGGCAAUAUUUGGGGCUUUUUUAUACUGGGAAAUUUGAGGUCACGUAGGUAUUAAUUAAAAAAAAACAUUCAUAAAAGUUACAUACUUUUUUAUCUGUAUACACAAAUCAUACGGUUUUAUUAUUUUUAUCAUUUAAAUUCAAAUAAAAAAAUGCAUCAGCCUUUAUUGGGCGCCUUUAACCCUAUCUGAUGUACUGCUAGGAGAUACCAUGUGCUGACAUUUAUGCUUUUAUAUUUUUAUUCCAUUUACUUGUACAGAUAUCUUUAUUGUCCUUAUUUUACAUCAAAACACAUUCUUGCUCAUGCAGUUUAAGCUGGGAGUAAGAUUAUUGGUAUCCAGGUUUAAAGUAACGGUUUAUAUUUCUGAAGAUGCAAUCGUAAACACUCGGCAAUGUUCGGCAAUCGGGAGAGACUCAACUGUUCAAUUACAUAAUGACCGAGGUGUUCCGAUUGCUGAUGACGAUUUUUCACCGAAACGUUUAGACAAGUAACAUGCUUUUUUGUUUUGUUUUUUAUUUAUAUGUUAUUCUGCAAAUCCGUUGAAAAUACAAAUCCAAAGAAAAAAUGUAACUUACAAUUACUGAAUACCGGGUAAUGUGUUUUUUUAAUAUUUGUAGUUGAAGUGUACAUGCUUUCUAAAGUGUAUAUAUAUGGCCAAGCUUGAACUAAACUAUUUAUCUUUUUUGCCCUGUGAAUAUAAUGAAUCUCAUUAUCCUUCACUUGCAUUUUAUUUUAUUAUCACUUUAUUUUAAUUAUUUACAUGUAUAUAAGCAAGCGUUAGCAUUUGAUUUAUUAGUGUUAUGAUGUACACACUAAAAGCUAUCAAAUGAAGGAAAUGCAGAAUUUCAACACUAUCUGCUAAACUUCCAUGUGUGGGGGCAUACCCAUGGCCUCUCUUACUUGGUGCCUGCACAUUAAAAGGGGUUAGCUACGCCCCUUCUUAAGAGUUAGGUCGUUUUACAUAAUUCAACAUUUUAUGGGAAGAUGUUUACUCCCUCAGACUUUUCUUUCUAAAAUAAUGUUAAGGUAAGCUUUCAGGCUAACUUAUUCUUUAGUAUACAGUGAACCACUAGAUCAACUUUUACAUCAAAACUACUCAAUAAUGCAAUUCUCACUCAAUAAAUUAGUAUUUCAUAACUGUAGUGCUUCAUUCUGAGACUUUUAUUGCUUUGUUGUGAUUUAGUAGUCAGAAUAGCAAACACAUUUAAGUAUUUAAUACUUUAUUAUUUUUCAUGUUAUUCCUUUGCUAUGUUUUAUGUACAUACUUCACACUUCACACAUACUCAAAUGUAUUUUCUGCAUUGAUAUUAUACUCUUUUUAUGCCAUAGGCGGCGUGUGUGUGUUUAUAAUAAAGUUAAACUACAUAUUUAGCAAUGAAUGUCUAACAUUCCAUUUUUUCUUAAAAUAAAUUUCUGAAUUGA